AAGAGACUCCUGCAGGCUUGGGAGGGAGACGCUCGCUCAGAGGAUUCUGACAGUGUCUUUGCUGAAAAAAGGCAACGUGUGCUCAAAAUAGAAAAUACAGCUCCUUCUGCUGCAUUUCUCUCCCACCUGCGAAUCUCACACGGUUCAACAAGAUGUGCAAAGGACUUGCAGGUCUCCCGGCUUCCUGCCUGAAGAGUGCAAAAGAUAUGAAACAUCGGCUAGGUUUUCUGCUGCAGAAAUCUGAUUCCUGUGAACAUAAUUCUUCCCAUAGCAAGAAGGACAAAGUAGUUAUUUGCCAGAGAGUAAGCCAAGAGGAAGUCAAGAAAUGGGCUGAAUCAUUGGAAAACUUGAUUAGCCAUGAAUGUGGGCUGGCAGCUUUCAAAGCUUUCUUGAAAUCUGAAUAUAGUGAGGAGAAUAUUGACUUCUGGAUCAGUUGUGAAGAAUACAAGAAAAUCAAGUCACCCUCUAAACUAAGUCCCAAAGCCAAAAAGAUCUAUAAUGAAUUCAUCUCAGUCCAAGCAACUAAGGAGGUGAACCUAGAUUCUUGCACCAGGGAGGAGACAAGUCGGAAUAUGCUGGAGCCUACGAUUACCUGCUUUGAUGAGGCGCAGAAGAAGAUUUUCCACCUGAUGGAAAAGGAUUCAUACCGUCGCUUCCUCAAGUCUAGAUUCUACCUUGAUUUGGCCAAUCCUUCCAGCUGUGGGGCAGAGAAGCAGAAAGGAGCAAAGAGUUUGGCAGACUGUACAUCUCCACUUCCUCAGUGUGCUUAAGUCUCACUUGGAGGCAGAGGGCCAAAAUGCCAAGACUCUAUGCUCUGGAAAACCUGAGGCCAAAUACUGAUCUGUAUUAAACACAGUGCUUUAUCCACAUUGUAGCCUAGUGUUCAUGCUGCCUGCCAUGUGGGAGCCACUUCUGUGUAAAAGCUAAAUUUAAUCAUGGGGUUUGGGUGUUGAGCAGGUGGGACCCCAUUCCAGUCCAGUUUCUGUAAGUGUCUUUAGGCUGUCAUGAAGCAAGCAUCCAGAUGAUGGCCUUGCUUGUUGGUCUGGAUUAUCAAAGAUUGUUGGCAGUGCUCUCCUCCCAGCCACAUGAUCUUAGGUUGGCUGGGUGGUACACUUCCUGUGACAUCCACAUGAACAUGUUUUCUGUCAGCCAGAACUUCCUCCAGAUUCUCUGUGCUUCGGUGAGGUUGAUCUAUUAUAUAUAAGUGUGUGCAUGUGUGUAUAUUAAAUAUAUAUACAUAUACAUGUACAUUCUGUAUAUAUUUAUAUGUGUUUAUAUAUUCAAAUGUGUGUGUGUUCUGCACGAGUAGAUGUGAAAGACCCCAGGUGCUCAAAUUAGAGUGUGUGUAUGUAUUUACAUGCCGGUUCUCAUCUUUGACCAGCAUUUGAACAAGGGAAGGUGAACUAAUUGCCACGCAGGCUGAGAGAGGACUCCUAACUGUGGAAAGUUAGUUCUGGAAAAUCCAUGGGUCUUUCUGGAGGUGAAUACAGGGUCAUGUUUAAUUUACCACAGAUGGUCUUCAUCUUGAGCACUAUUCUAAGGAGAAGAUACCAUAAAGAAUUAUAUAUCUGACUGACACAGAACUGUGUUGCAUCAGUUAUCACUAAUGGCACUUUUGAAUCCCUAAGCUGAUGGCUGUUCCUUUGCCUGGGUGCUCAGGCCAUGCUUAUUGGGGGCUGGAUGGGUCUGGAGCUAGGAGAUGGGAUGCUUGAGCUGCAUGAAGGAGUGUAACAAAAGCCUUGCUGGCUAAGCCCUACCAUAAGUUACAUGCUAAGUGAAGGCACAGAAUUUAAAGGUGAUUAUUUUAUCCUCUGUCCUUUUUUCCUUUCUUGAUCCAGGUGCUCUUUUUUUUCCCUGAGAAACUUAGCCAUCAGAUGAGCCUCCUUAGUUCAUAGUGGCUGGUUGUUUUUCCCCAUAAUGGUUCUAGGCUAUAUGCUUACAUUUGUAAGCCUAAAGCAAGAAAAAUAAUUAUAUUUUUCACAAACUGAAAAGCCCUCAUAACUUUUCCCUUUGAAGGCAAAAUCUUGUUUAUUUUAUCCCAAACAUCUAGGCUAGCAGAGAAUGCAGCUAUUUCUUUCUAGGCUCCAAGAUGAAAGAGAGAGAAGGAAGGAAAGAAAAGAAAUACAAAAGAAAAGAAAGGGAAAAAAGGAUACUAAUUGUUAGAACUAAUGUCUGAAACUUUUCAAGGCACAUAAAAUACUUGAAAAUUUCUCAUUUAUGUUAUUUAUGAUGUUUUUACAAUGGUUUUUAAUUACUGUAUUGUUUUAUAAACGGAGGUAUAGAAUCUUCCCUGAAUUACUAAUGAAUGCCUAGGAAGUAAUUUUCUUCUCAUUCUUUUAAAACAAUUGCCUUUCCAAGUGUGGACACACUUGCCCCCCCCGCACUGCAUCCAUUGCUCCAGUGUAAUUUAUAUACAUGGCGCCUUGGUGGCUUUUAAGCCAAGUACUGAGCUUAAAAUGAAGACUCUGUGGUGUGUGUAUACAAAUCCCACUGUAUUAAAGAUGUAGGUUUUCUAAGCCUUCUUGUCUUUCUGGAAGUUUUGCUCUUUUUUUUUUUUUUUUUGUACCAGGGAUUGAACUUGGGACCUUGUGUUUGCGAGACGUGCAGUGCCACUGAGCUAGAUCCCCGGCCCUGGAAAUUUUGCUCUUAAUGUCCCCAGAGUUCCUUGUCAGUGACCCUUUUUCUAUACACAGUGUCACAUCCUGUCUGUAGCCAACCCAGGAUUCAAAUGUAUAACUUCUUGGUCUUGCCCUACUAUAAUCAUCAUGACUUGCAGAUUGUACCUGUACUCAAAGACUGCUGUCUCAUAAAUAGGUCUGGAAGGCCAUUCUGAAUGAGAAGUAAAUUAUUUUAUGUAAUAUA